AUGCACGUAAGGGCCCAUGAGGGUACUACCAAGUACAAGUGCCAAGUGUGCCAAAAGGCUUUUAUCAACAGUGUCUCCGCGUUGGAGCACAAGUAUUUCCACACCGGAGAGACUCCUUUCCAUUGCGAGAUCUGUGGAAAACAGUUCAUGUAUUCCAGAUUCUUGGCUGCACAUAGACGCAACAUUCACUACGAACUGUUGACCGGGCAACCCUCGGUAAAGUACGAUUGCAACAUUUGCGGCGUUCAUUAUGCUUCUGCCUCCGGUUUUCGCAAACAUAACCUGAAAAAUCAUAGCGACCAACCGGUGAAUUUGUCGGUACUGUGCGACAUUUGCGGUAUUCCUUAUGCUUCUGUCUACAAUCUUCGCCGACACAACCAAAAACACCAUAGCGACGAACGGGUGGAUUUGUCGGUACUGUGUGAUAUUUGCGGCACGAGGCUUACCAGUAAGGAGAGACUUGCCGUUCACAGACGUAUCCAUACGGGUUAUAAACCGUUUGCUUGUCAUAUAUGUCCCAAAAAGUUCACGCUGAGGGACCGUCUCCUGGAACAUGUGAGGGUCCAUUCGGGGGAGAGGCCCUUUAUUUGCAAGUUCUGUGGAAGAGGAUUCUCCCGGAAGACCACCCUGACACUUCACGAGAGGAGACAUACUGGAGACAGGCCUUACGUGUGCAAAUAUUGCAGUAAAGGGACAGAAAUAAAAGCAGAAAUUAAAGAGGAAGAUUUCAGUGACAGUUUUAACCCUUAUGAAUUCAUGGCUAGAAGAAACUCGAGAAAGAAACGUAAAAAGGACCAUCCUCCGCCACUGGAAUUGGAGGAGCCGAUCGAGUGCGAGCUCUGCGACAACGUAUUCAAAAAUAACAUUAUCUUUGCUCUCCACACACUUCGCCAUAGCCAAGAUGGCAAAUACUACUGUCACUUUUGUCCUUACAGGACUAGCUCGCAGUAUAGUAUUAAAAUGCACGUGAGGACCCACGAGGGUACCACCAAGUAUAAGUGUGAAGUGUGCCAGAAGGCUUUUACCACCAGUGUAUACGCGUUGGAGCACAAGUACUUCCACACCGGAGAGACUCCAUUCCACUGUGAGAUCUGCGGGAAGCAGUUCAUGUAUUCCAGACUUUUGGCUGCACACAGACGCAACAUUCACUACGAACUGUUGACCGGACAGCCGUUGGUGAAGCACGAUUGCAACAUUUGCGGCAUUCAUUAUGCUUCUGCUUCCGGUCUUCGCCGACACAAACUGAGCAAACAUAGCGAGCAACCGGUGGAUUUAUCGGUACUCUGUGACAUUUGUGGCAAGAGGUUGACCAGUAAGGAGAGGAUAGACAUAAAACUAGAAAUAAAAGAGGAAGACGCCAGUGACAGUUUUAACCCCCACGAAUUCAUGUCCAGAAGAAACUCUAAGAAGAAACAGAAAAAGGACCACCCUCCACCACUGGAACUGGAGGAGCCAAUCGAGUGCGAGCUCUGCAAUAACGCCUUCAAAAACAACAUUAUCUUUGCCCUCCACACCCUUCGCCACAGCCAAGAUGGCAAGUACUACUGUCAUUUGUGUUCUUACAGGAGCAGCUCGCAGUACAGUAUUAAAAUGCACGUGAGGACCCACGAGGGUACCACUAAAUAUAAGUGCGAAGUGUGCCAGAAGGCUUUUGCGACCAGUGUUCACGCGUUGGAGCACAAGUACUUCCACACCGGAGAGACUCCUUUUCACUGCGAGAUCUGCGGGAAGCAGUUCAUGUAUUCCAGACUUUUGGCUGCACAUAAACGCAACGUUCACUACGAACUGUUGAACGGAGAGCCGUUGAUGAAGCACGAUUGCAACAUUUGCGGUAUUCAUUAUUCUUCUGCCUCUGGUCUUCGCCGACACAACCUGAAUAAACAUAGCGACCAACAGGUGGAAUUGUCGGUACUCUGUGAAAUUUGCGGCAACAGGUUGAGCAGUAAGGAGAAACUCGCUGUUCACAAACGUAUCCAUACUGAUUAUAAGCCGUUCACUUGUCAUAUCUGUCCCAAAAAAUUCAUGACGAGGGACUUGCUCCUGGUACAUGUCAGAAUCCAUACGGGGGAGAAGCCCUUUAUUUGUAAGCUUUGUGGAAGAGGAUUUACUCAGAGCACCCCCAUGAGAGUUCACGAGAGGACACAUACUGGAGAGAGGCCCUAUGUUUGCAAAUAUUGCAGUAAAGGGUUUAUUACUAAAGGCCUGAUGGAUGGUCAUAUGAAGAAUUGUAAAGCUAAAAAAUCCUCUGAGUGA